AUGCUACGACACAGAUUGCUACCAGCCCUACGGGCAGUGCCAACGCGACAUGCCAGAUUCUUUGGUUUCUCCAGCACUGCUGCUCCUGCUAACAGUGCGCCGUCGAUGAACAUCCCAAUGCCAUACAUCGAAGAGACAUCACAACGAAUAAUAUGUCUAAAUGGCGAAAUCGACGACUACAUGUCAGCCUCCAUCGUCGCACAGCUUCUAUGGCUAGAAUCGGACGCCCCUGAGAAGCCGAUCACGAUGUACAUUAAUUCGCCAGGUGGAUCCGUCACAUCAGGUAUGGCGAUAUACGACACGAUGUCUUAUAUCAAGUCUCCCGUCGCAACGGUGUGUAUCGGAGGUGCGGCGUCCAUGGCAGCCAUCCUGCUUGCUGGCGGUGCGCCAGGCAAACGCUGCGCUCUUCCACACAGCUCCAUAAUGAUUCAUCAACCUUUGGGUGGCACGAGAGGACAGGCAUCAGAUAUUUUGAUCUACGCAAAUCAAAUCCAAAAGAUACGAGAGCAGUCCAACCAAAUCAUGCAAUAUCAUCUAAACAAGGCAAAGGGAUUCGACAAGUACAGCCUAGAGGAGAUUAACGAUCUGAUGGAGAGAGACAAGUAUCUAAGCGUGACGGAAGCAUUGGAACUUGGAGUCAUUGACGAGAUCUUUUCAACGAGAAAAGAUCAAGAUAAGCCAAUGAAGGAAGAGGGGGAGGAAGAAGAAAAGAAAUACUAA